AUGUUUGGAUUUCUCGGCGAAAAUUUAAGGCUUGCUGUUGUUGGAAAAAAUUCAUCAUUCUCAAUAUUGUCAUCUUCCAGAUGCAUCUCAAGUGCCACAAAUCAACACUCAUUAACUGUUUCUUACCUCAUAAAUUCAAGUAGUUUCCCUCCUAAAUCUGCUCUUAUAGUUUCCAAGAAUGUCUAUUUCGAAACCCUAACUCAACCUGACUCGGUUUUUUCCUUGCUCAAGAAUCAUGGUUUCUCACAAACCCAAAUCUUAGAGCUUGUCCAAUCACAUCCCAAACUCCUCAUGUGCAACCCUGAGGAAGUCCUUUUGCCCAAAUUGGAUUUCUUUAACUCUAUAGGACUUUCCACCUUUGAUAUUGCAAAACACACUUUGCUUUUGGACAGAAGCUUAAAAAGCCAGAUUAUCCCAAAUUUCAGUUUCUUGAAAGCUUUAAUUAAAUCUGAUGAGAAGACUGUUGCAGCUAUCAACCGGUGCCCUUUUGUUCUUACUCUCGAUUGCAAAAGAGAUAUGGCAAGUAAGGUCAACCUUUUGCGGGAGAAUGGAGUGUUAGAAUCUAGUAUCGUUACAUUGGUUUAUUACUGGCCUAGGAUAUUCUCAAUGAAUUUUGAUAAAGUCAAAAGCCUUGUAGAGGAAGCAAGGGAUAUGGGGUUUGAUCCUUCUAAGCGUAUAUUUGUUGCUGGAGUCAGAUCACUCAAGUCUAUGAGCAAAUCGACAUGGGAAAAGAAGGUUGAUGUAUAUAAAAGAUGGAACUUGUCUGAGGCAGAUGUUCUUUCAGCAUUCAGAAAAGUACCCGAGUUCAUGGAAAUUUCUGAGGAUAAAAUUAUGGGUGUAAUGGAUUUAUUUGUUAAAAAGUUGGAUUGCGAGUCUUCACUUAUUGUCAAAAGCCCACUGAUUAUGACAUUUAGCUUGGAGAAGAGACUCAUUCCCAGGGCUUUGGUUUUGGAAUUUCUCGUAUCGAAAGGUUUGGUUAAGAAAAAUUACAGGGGCACAAAUUUUUUUUGUUGUCCUGAAACCACAUUCUUGCAGAGGUUUGUGAAUCAUUUCGAAGAAGCUUCUGAACUACUGAGGCUGUAUGGGAAGAAAUUAUCUGUGUAA